CUUCUUUCAGCGACUCUUUUUUUUUUAUUGUUGUUACUGUUAUCACAGUUCCGGUUUUGUUGCCUAAUCAUACCGCGAAAUGAGCAGCAUCGACUUUGAUCUCCAUUCGCGCAUUUUGUUCGGAUUAGCCGAAGUAUUGGCCGAUUCAAGAGCCAAAGCUUCCAGCCAUGAAGUUGACAGACUCAUCAGCAAAAGUCCACCGGUGCCUAUCGACAAUGGAAAAUCCACCACUGCUAUCGUCACCAAAGACCAAGCUCCUAAUUUGGCAACGAUGAAUGAACGAAGCCGACAAACGAUUGCUGCUUUGGUAAAAUACGCUGUACGUGCAUCUGGGGAGCAACAGAUGCGGUUGUUGCCACGAUUAUUGGCCUACAUACGCCAUUUACCGGCAUUUCCUUGGGAAGACGUAUCUGUAUUGACCAAAGAACUGCCUCUUCCCGAUGAAAUUACUUAUAACCUUACGAUGGGGUUGUUGGAGAUUGCGUUCAAACAAUCCCAAUUGUAUGAACAGGUGACGGGGGUCCUCUGGAGCUACGCGGCCCAUCUGAUCGAUCAGUUACCCGUUGAUGCCGAACACACCGUGACCUUUAUCCUUCCUUCCCUGGCCGGUUUAUCGCGUGCGCUUCAGCAAACGCCAUAUCUUUGUCGAUCGAGCCAAUUGCUUACACUUUAUCGCAACAUGCAACCACUCCUUCAGGACGCAACUUUGGAACAUAUUCGUAAUGCUAUUACAACCUGUUUGCGCGAUCAUGAUCCAUCCGCUUCCAGUCGCCGUACGCUGUCGAGAUAUUGGGAAAACGGCAUCCCCUUAAGCAGUAACCGUGUGGUCAAUGAUUUGGUUAUUAUUCUACGCAACGUUACUGCGCGUGUGUUAGUGGGAUCCCUUGCCACGUCGGAAACAAACGUGGAGCUUUCUUCGAGCAAGUUGAAGAAGGCUCAUUUGACGCAAACCAUCCAUCAACCCUGGUCUACCUUACUCCGCGAACGAAGAGACGUUCACAAUGAGAACGACGAGGCCCUGACAAGUACCUUGAGAGGGAUCUACGUGAUCAGUUUGGGCUAUUACGAUGACAUUCGCAAAUAUGCUGAUAAAAGCACCGAAGAUGGUAAAAAAUGGGCUCUCGAUGCGUAUAUGCAAGAAAUCAUGGGUGGCAGCUUGCAUUUGGCGGCUUUGUCGUCCGUGUACUUGCAUGAAGUGGAUGAUACGUUGGUGAAUCACAUCACCGCUUGUCUUUUCGAUGCACCUCAGGUGGCUGACGCUUGGGUUCAUAUGGCAGCUUUGGAUGCUGCGGUCUUGUUGGCAAACAACUUUACUCAUCUGAACCAGAGUAUGAUCAGUGUCAUUUGUCGCUUCUUGGCUACGCCUUCGCCUGUAUUCGAGCUCAAAGCAGAUAUUGGCCAAGACACAGUAACGAUGCAAGAAUUUGCUACCAUACGCCUUGCGCAAUGUGUCCAGAGUCAGUUGCCAAGUCAAUUAGUGCAAGCCGCCAACUCGACCUUGUAUGCAUUACUAAAUGAAAUUACACGAUACAGUGAAGAAGAGGAAGCAUCCUCGACGGAACGCCACCGUCUCUCAGAUAGCAAAGCACGAAUCGCUGGCGCACCGGAUAUUGAUCAGUUGAGCGAAAAGCAAAAGCAGCAAGUGUGCACCAACACGCUCUCUGCCAUUGUCAGUGUGGCUGUUUACCUAAAGGAUGACGAGGUCAUGGCUCAAGCCUUGUCCAUGCUCACGCUUCGUCGCAAAGGAUUUUCGACCGCGACGACGAUUUCGCUUACGGGAAAACUUGUCGACCUAGCUCUGGUGAGCCCUCAGGGCGUGUUCCUGGAUACCAUCCAGCUCUUGGCCACCAUGUAUCGUGAAUCAUUGCUCACCGACAAUAAGCAUCUUUCAACUUCGAUCCUCAAUGCACUCGAAGGGAUUGCCAAACGACUGUCAAAGCGACCAGAGUACUAUGGGACCUACCUUGAUUGCCUUCUGCGCUUAUUCAUUGAUAAUGGCAAUUCCAUUCAGCGGACGAUGGCUAAAAGCAAAGAACCUACCGAGUUUUAUCUUGCUUCCAAGUUGGGCUCUUUAUUGCCAGCAAUUCGCACUUUGGUCGAUCAUGAUGAUUUCAAUCCUCACCUCGAUCCCAGCGAAGAAACCGUGUCUUUAUUCAGAAAUAUGUGGUUCCAUUGUGUGCUUUUUGGAUUUGUGACCGAACCUAUAUGGAUUCGCGAAUGGCACGAUGAUCUCCUUGGUAUUGCCAAAAAGACACCGGCGCUCGUUAUUGACAGCGCUACCAGCUAUUUUGACAGCGAUUUGGAGUACAACUCGGUGCUUCGCGGCGGUAAAGCGGCCGACCAUAACAUGACAUCGAUGCGUCAAAAAUUGACGAGUUUCCUUCCUUCGCUCGCGUAUGAAAUCAAAAACUUUUCGUUUGCCCAGAUGGUUUUUGCCCUCACAGUCUAUCACAUCGAAAUGAUGCGCAGCCGGAUGGGAGAUUGCAGUUUUAUCCUGCAUUACUUUAUCAACGACGGCUUGAAUACCAGCAUGCUAUCCAACUGCUUGGAAACCAUUGCCGACCGUGUGAUCUCGGCUUUCAUCAAGGACGCGGCCGCCAAAGCUUCAGUACAGACAUUGAAUAGCGGACUUACCGAUCAAGUCUCGAGCCUUCUGAAACUGUGUUGUCAUCGUUUGCAAAAAGUGCAUCAGCUGGCUGUCAAGACGGUGGAUCGCAUCGUUACGGCUUUUCCUCAGGUGUUUGCCGAAAAAUCGCUCAUCACCUUACUGCUCGAAUUGAUCCAACUGGUUUGGCUCAGCUGCGAGGCCGAAUAUCGCGACGAGUAUUGCCCCGAGUUCCACUUUUCGUCGAGCCAUAUUGGCAUGGCCUUGGAAUUGGGUGAUUCUUAUGCGUAUCGUCAAAAGAUAUGCACGCAUUUGUACGAGAGUGCCAAAAAGUGGCUUCAAUUAUCCAUUGAUCGUGCGCCCUUGGAAGUUGGCGGUCUGCUGCAAGAUUACCUGGCUGAUUGUUCCCGUUUUACCGCUGAUGUCAGUUCUCAUUCCGUCCACCUUGGACGCACACUGGCUCUGGAAAUCGGCAAAUCAGCGGCCAGAAACCAAUUGUCCACAGAAUUUGUGCCAAAAAUUCCGGGUAUUACUUUGGAUGAAUCGUCUCUCUUUGUGAAUGGAUUUACUUCGCGACGGUUUUACAUUGGUGAAAUCAGUGGUCUCGAGUAUUCUGCGGGACUCCGCGGCGGUUUUGACAAGUUGCCGGAUCAGAGCACGGGCAGUGGAUUGCUGGCUCAGUUGCCGCUGGUGCUGGAGACGCUGAGUCAACUACUCGAGGCGGUCAAGCAAAAGCAGCCGGUCAGCCACGAAAGACUGCAUCGCAUACUGUAUCGAGCGGCAGGUUACACCAUCGCAUUGCCUUCCAUGCAACCCUCCUUGUUGCGUUACAUUGUCCGUAUUCCUGUCCAAUUGUUCACCCCCAAGUCUUUGGAACUGGCCACUUCUGUAUGGAACUGGAUCAUGAUCGAACGAGCCGACUUGGAGAAACGUCUGAUGAUUGAAAUUUUCAGCAUGUGGGAUUGGGCUCAGAAACAUCGCAAGGGCCUGUUUUCACCUCUACUAAAUGUGAAACAUCCGUUUGCAACCAAGAUGACUUAUGCGCCUUCUGACAAGGUCGUUCGCGAGAACACGCAUCGUAUUGCGCAUUUACUGUUCUCCCCGCAUGAGACAUGGAUUCGAUUCUUAAGCAGCCGAUUUUAUGCUAUUCGUCAUCGAAACAAGCACUUGGUCAACUUGUUUGUCCGUACCUUGCAAGAAACAUUUGGCAACGCACGCUUAAUGAGUACCCAUACGCUGGCUGGCUCACCCCGAUAUCAGUUGCUCCAACUGGGGCUCAAAGUCUUGCAAUCGGUGCGGAUGGAAGCUUUGACGGAGCACAAGUUUCGAUCGCUCGUGUACGAUGCUGCCUUUGACUGGUUCUCCAAUCCUCCAAAAUGGCACUAUGGAGCAAACAAGAGCUUGGCUUUACGAGAGAUCAAACUUUUGAACGAUCUGCUAACGGCGGUUUCCAAAGAUACACCUAAUCUUGGUUACCUCGUAACGAGUUCUCCACCCAAACAAUCCAGCUCCAAGACAGCCGCGGGAAUCUACAUGUUCUUGGACAACAAAACCAAGGACGAUGUGAUGCGUCAGUACCAGCUUGCGAAAAAGCUGUUGAUGCUAUUCAUGGAAAGCGAGUUGACUAGAUUGUCCGUCUGGUGCAACCCACUCAAUGCAGUCGGUCAAGGACAGCCAAUUAGUUUUACUGGGAAUACCGAACGCGCCAUGGUCACCGAGGAUCAGUGGAAGGAAAUUGUGCGUUUUGCUUGGGAAAUGUCACCACGAUUAGCGGUGCAAAUGGAAGCUCGUUUCGUCGUGCCUAUUGUACACAGGGAAUUGCAUCGUUUGAUUGCCAAUAAUACGUUGGAUGUGGUCGAUAUACCUGAAGCCCUCGUCAUUCUUUUGGGUGAACGAAUUUUGUCGACGGCUAAAUUGGAUCUCAAGCAUUUGCAAUAUUGGGCUCCUGUUCCGGCGAUUACUGCGACCAAUUACUUCUUACCGGCGUACAACAACCAUCCUCUAAUUUUGCAAUAUGCGAUGCGCAGUUUGGAGUAUUACCCCGUAGAAACGGUCUUCUUCUACAUCCCGCAGAUCGUGCAAGCGUUACGUUACGAUGAACUUGGUUACGUCGAAAAAUACAUCAUGGAAGCCGGUCAAGUGUCGCAAUUGUUUGCUCAUCAGAUUAUCUGGAACAUGCAAGCCAAUUUCUUUAUCGAUGCAGACAAGGAAUGUAUAAAGCCUGAUCCGCUGAAGCCGACGUUGGAACGCAUUAUCGAGAAUCUGGUGGGCUCAUUUACAGGAGCCGACCGUGCUUUCUAUGAACGCGAGUUCAAGUUCUUUGGUGAGGUAACGGCCAUCUCUGGUUAUCUAAAGGAAUACAUCAAGUACGGUCAAAACGAAAAGAAGCCAUUGCAAAAGAAACGAUUGGAUGAAGAAUUGGCCAAGAUCAAGGUGGAUGUGGGUGUAUAUUUACCCAGCAAUCCUGACGGCAAAGUCGUUGAUAUCCAUCGAACCUCGGGUCGUCCUCUGCAGAGUCACGCCAAGGCGCCGUUCAUGGCUACUUUCAAGAUAGAAAAGCAAGUGGAGAAGGACCACCUCGAGCAGCAUCUGAUCAAGAAGAAAACGGACCAUGACGCGGACGAAGACGAAGAGGAGGAGACUCGCAGUCUAUGCACUACACAAGUAUGGCAGGCGGCCAUCUUCAAAGUGGGCGAUGACUGCCGCCAAGACGUGCUUGCGUUGCAGCUGAUUGCGGUAUUUAAGAAUAUCUUUACCAGCAUUGGUCUUGAUCUAUACGUCUACCCGUAUCGCGUUGUGGCAACCGCUCCAGGACGAGGUGUGAUUGACGUUAUCCCGCAAUCGAUUUCUCGCGAUCAACUGGGCCGUGAAAAGGUGAACAGCCUGUACGAUUACUUUGUUGCCAAAUAUGGCGGGCCCGAUUCCAUCGCCUUCCAACGCGCACGUACCAAUUUUGUACAAAGUGUAGCGGCUUACUCUGUCAUUUCCUAUCUAUUGCAAAUCAAAGAUCGUCAUAACGGUAAUAUUAUGCUUGACGAUGAUGGCCACAUCAUUCAUAUUGAUUUUGGUUUCAUCUUUGACAUUGCUCCGGGCGGCAUCACGUUUGAGAGUUCGCCGUUCAAGUUGACGGCUGAAAUGAUUCAAGUGAUGGGCGGCCAUGCGCAAGAGCAGGCAUUCAAGCAAUUCUCGGAACUCGUGAUCAAGGCUUAUUUGGCGGCACGUCCGUACGCUGACGUGAUUAUGCAGUUGGUGACAUUGAUGCUCCAAUCCGGGUUACCGUGCUUCAAGGGCGACACUAUCAAACGUAUGCGCACACGUUUCCAGUUGGAUAAAUCCGAACGUGUGGCGGCCGAUUUUAUGAUGAUGCGCAUCAAGGACUCGUUUGAAAACCAACGCACGGUCCUCUAUGAUUACUUCCAGAAACUCACCAACGGUAUCCCCUAUUAGAAUCAAUAUUUCUUAGAUCCUAAAUCUUAACAGAUCAGAACAUAAGACGUUGCAAGCCAGCCCUUUCAAUGAAAGAAUAAUAACCAAAAAUAACAGAAAAAAAUGAGGACGAUAGUUUUUCA